AUGGAUGUCAUGAAAAAGAGUCAAGAAAAAAUGAGCUUUGCGACACCUGUCCUCUGGCAAACGCCACUCACUGAUGCCUUUUUGCCAUCCACCUCCAGCAUGCGCGACGUUGACCGCAAGCUCAAGAUGGCCUUGCCUAGCAAAGCCGAAAAGGCGGAUGAGAAGCUACGCGGUCAUGUCUACAUGACAUUCUACCAAUAUGUUUGUCAGAAGAUGGGCAUCAAAGAUGGGCCUUGGUUGACAGUUCCUGCUUGCAACGCAGACUGGCCUUGUCAUCUGCAGGGGGGAGCAGAUCAGGAACCUUGUGACAUGCUUUGCUUCGAUCUCAGUAAGUCUGCAACUCACAAGUAUAAUCAGGAGCACCUGAAGGAGUGUCUGGAUGACUUGCGCGCAAAUGGAGAGCACUAUGACACCUUGGGUGAUCGCAAGGACAAGCCCAAGAGGUGGUUCAUGAGUGGCUUCACUGUCACACUUCAGAAUCAGAGGCGCAUCUGA